GCUUAGAGCUGAGCAACAGAAACAGGUGAUGGAAACUGGGCCCAGAACCUGCAAGGCAGGAAAGAAGAGCCAGAUCAAAUUCAGAAGCUAAGAUCAGAAUGCCAGAUCCAGGGGCCAGGGCAGCAAACCCAGGCUGAUAUCACGGUCAUGGACAGAUCAAGGAGAACAAGCACAAAACCAAGCUGGAGCAGCCCAUAGCUCUUACUGAAAGCUAAGAAAACCUUCCUGGAGGGAGGAGACUCAAUGUCAUUGGCAGGGCUCCACCAAGGAGCAAGCAGUCCAGAUUUGUCCUGUGAGUCUCUGUCGCUUCUGUUACAACUUGGAGUUUUUUCUACUGCCAGUCACGAGGACCCUCUUUCAGGAGGUAUCAUUUGAUGUGAGAACUGCACGUACAAAAGACUUGCUGAACAUGGACCUCAGUGAAACAUGGCCUUUGGAAGAAGGAACCUGGUUGUCUCAUGCUGGAAUUCAUCACUUUGCCAACACCAGAGCGGACAGUGAGUUUGUGGAAGCCUCUCCCGCGCCCUACAGCCCAGAGGAGUUGGGUCCCCCUCCUGCUUGCUACAGUCCCAGCAGUCCUGGCCAGAUUCUAGAAGAGUCCAGCUACUUUUUCCCAGACUUUCUGCUCUACGCUGGGAGGCAUGAAGCACCUGCUUUGACUGUGGAGCCAAACGGUACCAUCAGGGAAAAAGUUGUUGAGGAUCCUCUUUGUAACUUCCACCCCCCGAACUUCCUGAGGAUCUCAGAGGUGGAAAUGAGAGGUUCGGAGGAUGCGGCAGCUGGAACAGUAUUGCAGCGGCUGAUCCAGGAACAACUGCGGUAUGGCACCCCGACCGAGAACAUGAACUUGCUGGCCAUUCAGCACCAGGCCACAGGGAGUGCAGGACCAGCCCACCCUACAAACAACUUUUCUUCCACGGAAAACCUCACUCAAGAAGACCCACAAAUGGUCUACCAGUCGGCACGCCAGGAACCGCAGGGUCAAGAACACCAGGUGGACAAUACGGUGAUGGAGAAACAGGUCCGGUCCACGCAGCCUCAGCAGAACAAUGAGGAACUGCCCACUUACGAGGAGGCCAAAGCACAGUCUCAGUUCUUCAGGGGGCAGCAGCAGCAGCAGCAACAGCAGCAACAGGGGGCUGUAGCUCACGGUUACUACAUGGCGGGGGGCACCAGUCAGAAGUCCCGGACUGAGGGGAGGCCCACGGUGAACCGUGCCAACAGUGGGCAGGCGCACAAGGACGAGGCGCUGAAAGAACUGAAGCAGGGCCACGUCCGCUCUCUCAGUGAGAGGAUCAUGCAGUUGUCCUUGGAGAGGAACGGUGCUAAGCAGCACCUCCCUGGCUCAGGGAGUGGCAAAGGCUUCAAGGCAGCAGGGGGACCCUCCGUAGCCCAGCCUGCAGGUAAAGUGCUGGACCCCCGGGGCCCUCCUCCGGAGUACCCCUUCAAGACCAAGCAAAUGAUGUCCCCAGUCAGCAAGACCCAGGAUCAUGGACUUUACUACAGUGACCAGCACCCUGGGAUGCUCCACGAGAUGGUCAAGCCUUACCCUGCUCCUCAGCCCGCGAGAACGGAAGUGGCCGUCCUGAGGUACCAGCCGCCCCCAGAGUAUGGGGUGACGAGCCGCCCAUGCCAACUUCCUUUCCCGUCAACGGUGCAGCAGCACAGCCCGAUGUCCUCCCAGAAUUCCUCCGUCAGCGGGCCUCUGCACUCCACCUCCUUGCCGCUCCCACUUCCGGUGACCCUGGCAGCACCCCAGCCCCCGCCUGCUGCCUCCCCCAGCCAGCAGCUUGGUCCAGAUGCGUUUGCGAUUGUGGAGCGAGCUCAGCAGAUGGUGGAGAUACUGACAGAGGAGAACCGGGCUCUUCAUCAGGAACUUCAGGGUUACUAUGACAAUGCCGACAAGCUCCACAAGUUUGAAAAAGAACUUCAGAGAAUUUCAGAAGCCUAUGAGAGUCUGGUCAAGUCUACCACCAAGCGAGAGUCCCUGGACAAGGCGAUGAGAAACAAACUGGAGGGCGAGAUUCGAAGACUUCAUGAUUUCAACAGAGACCUCCGAGAUCGCCUGGAGACGGCCAACAGGCAGCUGUCCAGCCGGGAGUAUGAUGGGCAUGAAGACAGAGUGGCGGAGAGCCGUUAUGCUUCCCAGAAUAAAGAAUUCUUAAAGGAAAAGGAGAAGUUGGAAAUGGAGUUAGCGGCAGUGCGGACUGCAAGCGAGGACCACCGGAGACACAUUGAAAUCCUGGACCAGGCUCUGAGCAAUGCCCAGGCCCGGGUCAUCAAGCUGGAAGAGGAGUUACGAGAGAAGCAAGCCUAUGUUGAGAAAGUUGAGAAGCUGCAGCAGGCCCUGACCCAGCUGCAGUCUGCCUGUGAGAAGCGAGAGCAGAUGGAGCGGAGACUUCGGACCUGGCUGGAGAGAGAGCUGGACGCCCUGAGAACCCAGCAGAAACAUGGAAACAGCCCGCUGGCCAGCAUGCCAGAAUACAAUGCCCCGGCCCUGAUGGAACUCGUGAGGGAGAAGGAAGAGCGGAUCCUGGCCCUGGAGGCCGACAUGACCAAGUGGGAGCAGAAGUAUCUGGAGGAGAGCACCAUCCGGCACUUCGCCAUGAACGCCGCGGCCACUGCGGCCGCCGAGAGGGACACCACGAUCAUCAACCACUCGAGGAGCGGCAGCUACGGCGAGGGCUCGCUGGAGGCUCACAUCUGGCAGGAGGAGGAGGAGGUGGUGCAGGCCACCAGGAGGUGUCAGGACAUGGAGUACACCAUUAAAAACCUCCAUGCCAAGAUCAUAGAGAAGGACGCCAUGAUCAAGGUCCUUCAGCAGCGAUCCCGUAAAGAUGCCGGGAAGACGGACGCCUCGAGCCUGCGGCCAGCCCGCUCCGUCCCUUCCAUUGCCGCAGCCACUGGGACCCACUCCCGCCAGACCUCGCUCACCAGCAGCCAGUUAGCUGAGGAGAAGAAGGAGGAGAGGACCUGGAAGGGAAGCAUAGGGCUGCUUCUGGGGAAGGAGAACCAUGAACACGCUUCCGCCCCUGUACUGCCGGCCCCGCCUACCACGGCACUGUCCCCCACAGUGUCCGCCACAUCGGCCAGCAGCGCCCACGCUAAGACAGGCAGCAAGGACAGCAGCACCCAGACGGACAAGAGCACUGAGCUCUUCUGGCCCAACAUGGCCUCCUUGCCCAACCGCGGCAGGCUGGGCGUGACCCCUUCCAACAGCCCGGUCCUGAAACACCCAGCGGCCAAAGGGACAGCAGAGAAGCUGGAGAACUCUCCUGGCCACGGAAAGUCACCUGACCACAAGGGCCGCGGCGGCAGCCUGCUGCACAAGCCCGAGUUCCCCGACGGGGAGAUGAUGGAAGUCCUCAUCUGACGCUGGCGUCCCUGUCGAGUUCGGGCACCGACGUUGAGAAGCAAACAAGGAGUGUGGCAGCAAGGGAGCAGAACGAUCAGGAAGGUUGUUGAUGGACAAUCAGGAAUGAUUGGAACUGAUAAAGAUGUCAGAUUAGUGAGGACACUUUUUAUAAAUGUUAAAAAAUUGGGAGACCUACCUGAGUGAAGAUGAAGAGAAUGCUAUGGGUUUUUAUUGCAUAUGGCGGAAGAGAGACCAUGCAUGUAGGUUUGGAAACGAGAAAUGGGAAAUAGAAUUUUCACUGUACAGAAAAUGUAUCUCAUGGGGAGGGUCUUUGUACACCCAUUUUCUGGUUAUAAAUGGAUAAACCUGAA